AAACAAGACAGAGGAGGAAACUGUUAGAGCGCACUUCCGGCGUCGCUUACGGCAAACAUCCACAAUGUCUAACAACUUAAAACUUAACUUUUGGCAAAAUGGACCGGCACCGGGCCAGUUUUAUUCCUUUCCUGGCAACGGCUCGGACACCAGUUGCGGACCCGUCCGACACACACUAAACCCAAUGGUCACAGGAACAUCGGUGCUCGGGGUCAAGUUCACAGGGGGUGUUGCCAUUGCUGCUGACAUGUUGGGCUCCUAUGGCUCUCUGGCUCGCUUCAGGAAUAUAUCCCGACUCAUGAAGGUGAACGACAGCACCAUCCUCGGAGCGUCGGGAGAUUACGCCGAUUACCAGUACCUCAAACAAGUCAUUGAACAGAUGGUGAUCGACGAGGAGCUGCUGAGCGACGGCCACAACUACACCCCUCGGGCUGUGUACUCCUGGCUCACCAGGGUCAUGUACAACCGCCGCAGCAAGAUGAACCCUCUGUGGAACACGGUGGUGAUCGGAGGUGUGGACCAGGGCCAGAGCUUCCUGGGUUACGUGGACAAACUGGGAGUCGCCUAUGAGGCAUCCACCGUGGCUACUGGAUUUGGUGCUUACCUGGCUCAGCCUCUGAUGAGGGAAGUCGUGGACAACAAGCCGGACCUGAGUCAGCAGGAGGCCCGGGACCUGCUGGAGCGCUGCCUCAAAGUCCUCUACUACAGAGACGCGCGCUCCUACAACAGGUACGAGAUCGCCAUCGUGACAGAGCAGGGAGUGGAGAUCAUCGGCCCACUGUCCUCCGAAACCAACUGGGACAUCGCUCACAUGGUCAGUGGCUUCGAGUGAACCAAGGACCCGAGGAAAAGAUGAGCAUAUCCCAACGUCCGACACCGUUUUCUUAUUUUCCCCAUUGUCUGUUUCAUAGAAUUAAAAAUAACAUUGAAAACA